UAAUACCAAGCUCGCAUCCUCUCAAAUCUUGUUGCUUGGAUAAAGCACCAGUGUACAACCCAUCUCCCACGAUGCCUGCAAUCAUCAGCCCAGACGUCAUCAAGCGAGCCUUGAGCGAUCCCGAAAAUGUCGCGCGUUUCGUCGAGCUCGUAGCUCGCAAGACCAAGAAGGUCAAAUCAGGCAAAGGCAAAACCAAGAUCAAGGGUGGUGUCAUCGCGGGUAUCGUCAUUGCGAUCAUCGUCGCCAUCAUCGUAUUGGCCAUCAUUUUGUUCUUGCUCCGUCGAAACCGCAGGAAGAAGAUCGCGGCGGCACCAGCACACUAGGGAGAUGGUAUUUCCAGGACGAAGUUCGAUGUGGAUUGAACACGAUUGAGGCCAUAUACCCUUUGUAAUCAUCCUUGAAGGCGUUGGUGGUAUUUCUAAAUAGUAAUUCAACGGUAAUGAACUCGUCUUUCGCGCAUACUAUUGAUUGCAAGGGACCAAGUCAUAAUGUAAGAUCGACGGAUA